ACAAGAAGCUGUGCUGCCUCUCUUGCAGUGAGAUUUGCAAAUCAUGGGCACCCCAUUAUGGUGGUUUCAACUGAUCCUGCUCACUCCUUAAGCGACUCUUUUGCUCAGAAUGAUGGAGAUGGAGAAUGAGGACGAAAAUCAUUAUCUUGCAUCGACAUGAGCACCACCCAGCCGAAAGGCGCUCUCUACGCCCGCCACAUGUCCUCCACAACUUCCAUUCCCCAUAGAUAGCCCCAUCUCUUCAUCAUUCUGAAACACUAUAUAUACAUAGCUACUGAAUUAAUCAAAUUAAAGGUCGGAACUUGGAAGGAAGAUGGAUCACAGCGCGGAUGCUCAACGCACGGAUCUCAUGACGAUAAUGCGAUUCGUGUUGAACGAGCAGUCGAAGCACCCUGUCUCUCGCGGUGACUUCUCCAUUCUGCUGAGCCACAUUGUUCUUGGCUGCAAGUUUGUGUGCUCUGCUGUCAGCAAGGCUGGUCUUGCAAAGCUUAUUGGACUCGCCGGAGACACCAACGUUCAGGGCGAAGAGCAAAAGAAGCUCGAUGUGCUUUCCAAUGAUGUAUUCGUCAAGGCUUUGGUUAGCAGCGGCCGCACGAGCAUCUUGGUGUCUGAAGAAAAUGAGCAAGCAAUUAUCGUCGAGCCUUCCAAGCGUGGAAAAUACUGUGUUGUUUUUGACCCGCUGGAUGGUUCCUCCAACAUUGAUUGUGGUGUUUCUAUUGGCACGAUUGGAGCGAUCUUCUCGAACCUGAGGAUUUGGAACUUAACAAACAGAUGAGUGAAUUGGGUCUCCUUCUUUCCUUUCACACAACCAAGGAGGUUGAAUUGCAACUAGUUAUAUUAUUUCUUGCAAUUUCUAAUAAUUGAUGAUACAUACAUUCUUUUUUUGUCACUAUUUCAGUUUUUGUUCUACAUAUAUAUACUUUUUCCUCUCUUUUUUGGCAGUUGGCAGUUGGGUGAAUCUUUUAAUUUUACAUAUUAUUUUCAUGUUUAGUUUAGCAUGCAUAUGUUACUGAUAAAAUACAUAUGUUUAAUUCAGAUUUAUGUUGCUUGUCUACUUAUUACCCUACCUUUAUUUGAUGUUUCUGUUCCUUAUCAAUAGAAAGAAAAUUUGUGUCAAGCUUGUGACUAAAUACUCAUUUUGGUCCUUGAGAUUCACGCGAUUACUCAUUUUGGUCCUUGAAAUUCAAAAUUACCUAUACUGGUCCUUCAUAUUUAAGUUUAGGCACCAAUGUGGUCCCUUAACUCUUUCCAGUGAUGACUAAGCAAACGGAGUGCUCAGAUGACACCCUUCCUGCCACACUGGAUGAUGGGUAAAUGACGUCGUUUAUCCUUGGCACCCAAACAAGUUAGAAAUAUUGUCGUUUUGUAUAUAAAGGGGGAAGAAACGAUGGAGACCCAAAAUAAAGUAUUCAUCUUCUUCUUUUCCUCUACUAUUCUUCGUUUCUAACUUGUUUGGACGCCAAAGGUAAACGAUGUCGUUUACUCAUCAUUUAGCGUGGCAGGGAGGGUGCAAUCUCAGCACUUCGUUUGCCUAGUCAUCGUCGAAAAGAAUUGAGGGACCAUAUUGGUGCCCGGAUUUGAAUCUGGAGGACCAACAUAGGUAAUUUUAAAUUUCAAGGACCAAAAUGAAUAAUAGCGCGAAUCUCAGGGACCAAAACGGGAAUUUAGUCCAAGCUUGUGGAGAAAGUGACAAUCUUCUAAACUGUGAUACAUGCACUUAGUCUUACCAUCACAAGUAUUUAGUUCCACCAAUUAAAGGUCCCAUUCCAGACAACUAGAGGUGCCCUGAAUGUGUAAGUGCUUAUGCUUCAUAAUAUAUAAUAAUAGAAUUAUGGUUUAUUAGCCUAUGCUUGUUCACAAUACUCCUUUUCUUUUCUUCAAAUUUUUAGGUUAGCCCACUCAAUGAUAUUGAUAAAUAGUAAAUACAUACCUGGUUGUAAAAUUUCUUAUAUAAUUUGAGUAAUUAAUUCUCAUAUAUUUGAUUUGAUUAGUAGGAUUCAGAUAAUAUACUAGUCAUUCCCUUAAGAUUGGUUGCUAAUUGUUUAUUAGAUUUUAGAAUGCUGAUAUUUAAUAAUAUACAUCAAUUAAUUAAAUAAUACUAUUAUAAAUUGCAAUGUCAAAGUAACUAUUAAUAGGUAUAAGAAAUCAUGCUCAGAUUCAUCUGGUGCUGAAUCUGCUUUCGAGAUUAAUGCUCAGGUAUAAGUAUAGAACAUAUUAUUUUAUAUAUAUUCCAUGAUAGCCAUAAUUACCAUUAUAUUAAUUAAAUUACAUUAUAUUUUACAAUAUUACCAGCAAGAAGCAGAAAAAUUAUAUGCCAAAAUUAGUAACAUGCAGAAUAACAACAGAUAAUUAAUUAAGUUGAACUAUUUUGUGGUACAAGAAAAUUUGAAGGGAUUAAAAUUUCAAGGCUUUUAGUAUAUAUAUAUAUAUAUAUAUAUAUAUAUAUAUAUAUAUAUAUAUAUAUAUAUAUAUAUAUAUAUUAUGAAAAGAAAAUUGAUGAUGUGAAGGAAUAUCAUGUGAACAAAUGCUUAUUUUUUGGGGACUGUGUUUUUUAUAUGAUUGGUACAGGGGUGUUGAUGAUGAGUAGGAAUAUCAUGUGAUGAAAUGGAAAGAGCUUCCAUAUGAUGAACGCUAUUGGGAGUUUGAGAUAGAUAUUUCAGCAUUUCAACCAGAAAUAGAAAGAUUUAAUAAAUUUCGGUCUAGAUUCAGCAAAUUUAUCUCCAUGAAGUAAAGAAGCAGUGUUAAGGAUGAUGUUAAAUUAAAGAAUUAGAAUAUGUAAAUUUCAGUCUAGAUCCAGCAAACUUGACUCCUACAUGUCUCUUUUUAUAUUUCUUGAUUUGGUUACAGAAUUACAAUGUUUUAAUUUGUUUAUGACUUGCUUGUUUAUAGUAUUUUUUUUAGUUU